AUGGGGAAGCCCCGAAGCGCAAAUACUUCUCGCGCCGCAUCCACUAAGGCCCACUACAUCAGCCAUGUGCAGGUGCUCAAUGCGGACAAUUCCACCGCGUCACCGUCGCUGCUGCUGGUGCGCAUAUCGCGCAUCAACACCGUGCUGGCGACGCGCACCUCGACGGACACCCUCGCCGGGCUGCCGGGGCUGCUUCUGACGCUGGCGCCGGCGGGGCCGGAUCUCGUGAAGUGCGGCGGCCUGCUGGAUGCAGAGCCCUUCAAGGCGCGGCUGAUCGGUGAGGCCUCUCGCGCGGCGGGUGCCAGUAUGGCCAGAGUAUCAGGGCGACAGCAGCAGCAUUGGUUGGAUGAAAUGCGCAUCUGGAGCGUAGCAUUGCCAAAAAUCAAGGAGCAGCCGCACGAGCAGCAGCAGGAGCAGGAGCAGGACUACUCGCAGGCGUUCCAGCCCUACGCCAGCAAUAACAUCUCUUUGGAAGUUGUGGAGGCGGGUGGCAGCUGCGCCGCCCCUGUCGUCCAGAAUCCGUUCGUGACCAUCACUGCCAUCUACACGCGACCCUGCAAGCAGCAGCCCCAUCAGCAGGGACUGCCAGUGGCGGCAGCAUCGGGCGGGGCCGAGGGUGGCAACGCGGGUGCAGGCAGCGAGCCUGUUGCCAAAAAGCAGCGCACAGGGACCGAGCCGUCUGGCUCCACCAACAACGGUCCUACAGGGGCGGGCAGUCCUGCAGAAACAGCAGCAGCAGCGGCAGCAGCAGCAGCGGCAGCGGGGGAGGGGGAGGGCGUGUGCCUGUACCUUUGUGAGCUGGCGGAUGUUCCUGGCAAGUUUGACCCGGUCAAAGCCAAGGCGCUCGGGGUGCCACCCGGCCCGCUGUAUGGCCAGCUGCAGCGCGACACGCCGGUCACGACGCCGGCCGGCGUCACUGUGCAGCCGUCUGACGUCAUGAGCCCCGCCGUCCCCGGCCCCCUGCUGCUGAUCGUUGACUGCCCCACCGCGGCCCAUCUGGCGGCGGUGGAGGGUGCACCCCAGGUGCAGCGGCUGCAGCAGCAGCAGCAGCAGCAGCAGCGGCAGCAGCCAGGUGAGGCAGCGACGGCGGCAGGAGCGCAGCAGCAGCCAGGGAGGGAGUUGUUUGUCAUCCACUUGACGCCUGCUGAUGUCAGCGAGUCGGCGGCCUACCAAGCGUUCAUGGCUCGCUUCGGCCCCGCAUGCCGGCACGUGCUGGCCUCGGCGGCGGGGCAGCGCGACACGACGUGCCGCGCGGCGGCCAGCCUCCAGACGAAGCUGAACGUGCUCGACCCCUCUGUUUUCCCGCUGGGGGCGGUCGCGGCCGCAGCGGCGGGAGACCCGCAACAGCAGCAGCAAGAGCAGCAGCAGCAGCAGGAAGAGCAACUAGAAGGCGUCGGCCCGGCCGCCGGCCCCCACAUGACGCGGCUGGUCUUGAUGCCCGCCAGGCAGCGCGGCCUCACCGCGGCCGACGUGCCGCCCCCGCUGCAGCUGGCGGAGCUGCGCCAUGGGCUGCUGGCCGCGCACCCCCGCGUCGAGGCGCUGCUGCGCCAGUUCCGCGCCUCGCGCGCCGCGCUGCUCGCCGCCCUAGAUACCGCGGGCGGCGGCGCGGCGGGCGGCAACGGGGCCGAGGCGGCGGAGGCGGAGGCAGCCGCGGCUGCGGUACCGGCCGAACUGCGGGGCGUGGGGCGCGACGAGCUGGAGGUUGUGCUGCUGGGCACGGUCAGCGCGGUGCCCAGCAAUUACCGCAAUGUCAGCAGCUACUACCUGGACCGCUUCGCGCGCGGCGGCGCGCUGGCGGACUGCGGAGAGGACGCGAUGGGGCAGCUGGAGCGCCGCUACGGCGCGGCGGACGCGGAGCGGCGCAUCCAGGAGCUCCAGUUUGUGUGGAUCAGCCACAUGCACGCGGACCACCACGGCGGCCUCUACCCGCUGCUGCUGCGGCGCCAGCGCGCCGGCGCGCCGCCGCUGCUGGUCAUCGGGCCGUUCCCGCUGCUCAGGGUGCUGCAGGAGUACAGCAGGGUGCUGCCCCUGCGCUACACCUUCCUCCCCAGCUCCCACUUCCACGACUCCCAGCACCCGGGCGCCCGUGCGCCGCCCAGGGCAGUGCUCGACGCCCUGGAAGCUGCGCGGGCGCGACUGGGCCUCUCCCAGCUGGAGGCGUUCCCUGUGCACCACGUCGCCCGCAGCACCGGGCUCAAGCUCUCCGGCGGCGGCGGCGGCGGGGACGCAGCUGACGGCGGCGGCGGCGGCGGCGGGCGGCCGCCUUGGAGCGUGGUGUUCAGCGGCGACACGCGCCCCUGCGCGUCCGUCGUCGCCGCGGCGCGCGGCGCGACGCUGCUGGUUCACGAGGCGACGUUUGAGGACGAGCUCGCGGGGGACGCGCUGGCGAAGCGGCACAGCACGCUGAGCGAGGCGCUGGGGGUGGCGCGGGACUCCGGGGUGUACCGCACCGUGCUCACCCACUUCAGCAGCAGGUACCCAAAAAUCCCCGUGCUCGCGGGCACGGGCGCGGCUGCGGACGCAGACGCGGACGCGGGCGAGGGGGCCGCCGGCACAGCGGCGCCGGCCGGCGGCACUGCGCUGCUGUCGAUGGUGGGGCGCAGCGUGGCCGUCGGGUUUGACUUCAUGACCGUGAACCUAGCGGACCUGCCGUGGCUGCCGCUGGUGGUGCCAGCGGCGGACGAGCUGCUGCGGGAGGAGGGCUUUGUGGAUGGCGCGGACGAGGGCGAGGGCGGCGAGGGCGCCGCUGCUGCAGUGCCGGGCGCGGGCGGCGUACGCCAGGAGGGGCGGUAG